UCUCUGGAGCGGAUCCUGCCUCCUGCAGCCUCUGGCCCUACCUCAGAGCCCCUGCGGAGGGCAGGCCCCCCGGGGGUCCUGCCCCACAGCAUCAUGAUGGGGAAACUCCCCCUGGGGGUUGUCUCCCCUUAUGUGAAGAUGAGUUCGGGGGGCUGCACAGACCCCCUGAAAUUCUACGCCACCAGCUACUGCACAGCCUACGGUCGGGAGGAUUUCAAGCCCCGCAUGGGCAGUCACCAAGGCACAGGCUACAAAUCAAAUUACCGGCCCGUGGUCUCAUACCAACCCAAUCUUGAUGCCCUGGACAACCCGGCUAUGGGGGCACAAGUCUGCAACAAUUUCCAGACCGUGACCAGUCAGAGUUACCGUCCCCUGGAGGUGCCUGAUGGCAAAUACCCACUGCCCUGGAACAUGCACCAGACCCACGCUGGCUCCUCUCGGGAGAAGGCCAGGGCAGUCACCCCCACCAGGGAGGUCAGGAAGGUCCAUUUUGACACCCAGGACUAUGGGCCCCAGGCCAUCAAGGGGCUGGAGCCCAAGGAAGUGCCCUUGCUCCAUCAACAGCAGAACAAGGGCUCGCUGGAGUGGGAGAAUGCCCGACACGGCCCCCGCUUCAUGACUUCCGAGUAUAAUUCCAAGUAUCUCAAGGAGGCUUCAAACCAGCCAGAUCUCUUGCAGAAGAAAUCAAUUGGGGCCAAGGAGGAGACUGGCUUAACCAAAGAUUCCAACAAGAACCCCGUGAUCUUCCAGCCGCCCUCCCAGGCCCUCCCUGGGGAGCCGGUCCUCCUCCCCGGCCGGAGUGUCACCAAGUCAGACUUUCUCCCCAUGACCCAUCCUCACGGGGAUGAGUUCCUGCCGCUGCUGGCCAGAGGCUCCGAGCAGGAGACCGGCUUCAGCCGAGUGAAUGAGAGGACUCUGAACCCCAGAGUGCCCCCUUCUGGCCCAGAACCCAGCAGCAUGAACCACCGGCAAUUCCAGCCCCCGCAGAAGAUGCAACAGACAAAUGUUGCCCUGCUUGGCCGGGAGAUCGUGGGGAAAAAGGAGCCCACAGGGUUCAGCCUUAACAACCCCAGCUAUGUCCGGAGCCCCUGUGACCCUGACCUGGAUAAUCGCUACCUGACCACCUACAACCAAGGAUACUUCGAGAACAUCCCCAAGGGUCUAGACCGUGAAGGCUGGACUCGAGGUGGCGUCCAGCCCCAGAAGCCCGGAGGCUAUGCCCUCAACCAGCCGGUCACCCGCCUGGAGGCCACCCCCAACCCCACGGAGAGCCUGCGGCGCCUGCGUCCCCACGUGGGCAGAACCCUGGUCUCGGCUGACCCCUUCUACCGAGCCACGCCUCCCGGCAGCCACGGCAGCGGCUUCACGGCGCCCCUCUGAGCCUGAGGCAUGGGUUUGCCGACCCCAGGGGACAGGAGCUGGCUACUGUCCCUAUUUCCACAUUCCCCCGGGGGCUCCCCGGCUACUUUCCUAAUGAAAUAAAGAGCAGUGAAGCA